UAUAUCUUCAAGUUACUUCUAAUAAGAGAUGAAGAUUUCCUACAACUCGAUGCCAUUUCGUUUCUUCAUCAUCCUCACUGCAUGCUUAUGUAUAUACUUUGCCAUUCGAAAGAAAACAAUUAUUGAAAAUGAAGAUAUGUUAAGUAUAUUUUCAAGUUUUGAGAUCCCAGCCAGUAAGUACACCUCCAUAUUGGGUCCCAAAUUUGAUAAGCUUCCUAAUGAAGAUGAUGUUAUACAAUUAUUUCAAGUAUGGAAGAAAGAACAGGGACGAGUCUACAAUGAUCUAGAAGAGAUGGCAAAUAAAUUUGACACAUUUGUUACAAAUUUGAAGUAUAUCGUAGAGACUAAUGCAAAGAGAGACUCACCUCAUAGCUCUCUUCUUGGUCUGACCAGCUUUGUUGAUUUGAGCUUCGUCGAGUUCAAAGAAAGAUACAUGACCACAAAUAGUGACACGAUAAAUAUUGUGAACAACGAUGAUGUUGGUGACUUAACAUGUAGUGAUCCACCACCAUCCAAGGAUUGGAGGUCAGAAAAAGCUGUCACUUCUGUUAAGAAUCAAGGCACUUGUGGUAGUUGCGCAUCAUUCUCAACUGUAGGUGCCAUUGAAGGAAUAGUUGCAAUAGUGACGAAGAAGCUUCUCGACCUUUCUGCGCAAGAGCUUGUGGAUUGUGUUGGUAAUGGUUGCCAUGGCAUAUAUACGCACGAGGCAUUCCAAUGGGUUUUAAAUCACGGUGGGGUUGCAUUGGAGAGUAAAUAUCCUUAUACUGCAGUGGAGGGUUCAUGCAAAGCCUCACAGAUUCCAAACAGUGCAAGUAGUAAGAUUGAUUCGUUUUAUCACGUGGACAAAUCAGAGAAGGCACUAUUGUGUGCAGUUGCUAAACAACCGAUUAGUGUCUGUAUUUAUGCAGCCACACAAGAAUUUCAACAUUAUUACAACGGAAUACUUCAAGGUCGAGAUUGUCCGGUGGAUUCUACGGUUAUGAAUCACUGCAUGUUAAUAGUGGGCUAUGCCUCUCAUGAAGGACAAUAUUAUUGGAUAGUUAAAAACUCCUAUGGCACAAAAUGGGGAGGAAUGGGAGGUUAUAUGUUUAUCAGAAGGAAUACUACUAAAAUGUAUGGAGUGUGUGCAAUCAAUGCAUGGGCCAUAUAUCCAAACAAAAAUAAAUGAGCUUUUGAGAACUAAAAUUCUAAAUUUGAAAAAUAAGUAAAAAUAAGAUUUACAGAUUUGUGAGUCUGGUGUCAUUUUUCUUGUUCAAAGUUGUGAAUCAUAAAUAGUAAAUAAACAGAAAGAAGCUUCUUUUCUACAAUGAAGUUAAGCUUAGGACCUUUUGUUAUCCGGGUUGAAGCAUCUUUGGAUUUCCUUUAUUUAAUUCAAUUUUGCAUAUUAAAAAAAAUAAUGAUGUUUCAAAGUCAAUGAUGUAAUAGAUCC